UGUCGCCCCGUUACCAUGGGUUACCCGAUCAGUCAGGGGACCGGGGUGCCUCCCCUUCCCAGGGCCUCUAUAAAAAGCAGGUGUCGCGCAGGAAACGGGGAGAGAGAGAAAGAGACCCGAAGAAGCGGCUCGCCUGCUGCUGCUGCUGCUGCUCUCCACCCCUCCGUCUAUCCAUCUCUGCACCAGCAGCCAGAGAGGCGACUUCCACGCUCCUUCCCUCCUUGCCAGAGAAGCACGAGCUCCAGCAUCCCCGGCAUGGAGCUCCGGAUCGCGGGUCCCCUCGUCCUCCUCUUCCUGGCCGCCCUGGAAGGAGAGAGCAGGUAUUUCGAGGUGAGGAAGGAGGAGGAGGAGGAGCCCGUCCUGAUGCUCCGCUCCGAGUGGAAGAGGGAACUGGCCGAAGGGCAGCUCUACCGGCGGUCCCUGCGUUGCAUUGACAUGCUGAGUAUAGAAGGGCAGUUCACCUUCACUGCUGACCAGCCCCAGCUGCACUGUGCUACGUUCUUCAUAGGGGACCCACAAGAGUUAAUCACACUAGACUUCGAUUUCAUCAACAUUGACUGUCAAGCAGGAGACUUUCUGAAGGUGUUUGAUGGUUGGAUACUGAAAGGUGAGAAGUUUCCUAGCUCCUUGGACCAUCCUCUUCCCACUUCGGAAAGAUACGUAGAUUUUUGUGAGGUUGGUCAAAUCAAAAGUGCUAUCAGAUCAUCACAGAAUGUAGCCAUGAUCUUCUUCAGGAUUCAUGAUCCAGGAAACGGAUUUGCACUAACAGUAAAGAAAAAGCCCAAUCUUUUCCCUUGCAAUGUCAUCUCUCAGACUCCUGUUGGAAGGUUUACCAUGGUCAUUCCUCAUCAACACAGAAACUGCAGUUUUUCCAUCAUCUACCCAGUGAUGAUAAAAAUAUCUGAUCUUAUGCUGGGACAUUUGAAUGGCCUCCAAUUAAAGAAGCCCUCCUCAGGCUGUGGUGGAGUUGGAGAUUUUGUGGAGCUGUUGGGAGGAAAUGGGUUGGACCCUUCUAAGAUGUUCCCUUUAGCAGAUCUGUGUCACUCCUUUCAUGGCCCAGCUCAAAUGAAGGUUGGCUGUGACAACACAGUGCUGCGAAUGGUCUCCAGUGGUAAACAUAUCAACCGUGUUACUUUUGAGUACCAGCAGCUGGAACAGCAUGAACUGGAAGUCAGAGAAGAGAACAGCCUUGAGGAGUUUUGUCUUUCGAGCGUCUGAGAAGGCAGACAAGUCAUUCUCGUCUGUAACACAGUUGAUUUUGAUCGGCCAACUUUAUGAACCCUUUCUAGUGUAUAAACACUUACCUUUUCAUACUGAGUCAUUCUUGCCAUGAUCAAAACAGUAUUAAUCCUAGCAUUUCCAAUAUAUUGUCCACCCCCGUCACCACGUAUGUUUAGUAUUUCCACUGUACACAAAUUCGUAUGGAAUCCCAAAGCAACACUUGUGUAUGUGUACAUCCAUUGAGUCAAAGCAAAAGACAAGCACACACCACAGAAUCUGGGUGCAUGUUUACAAUGCAAGUAUUAGUUCAAUAUGUGUGCAACUUUUUCUAACUAUUUUGAGGGCCCAUGCAAAACGCAGAAGAUGCUGAAAACCACUAAGCAAUUUCUCUUCUGCAUCAGUUAAAAGCAUUUAAAAGAUACCGUUACUGAAAUUACCCCUCAAUUUUGUAAGAGAACAUUCUGUAUUUGUGUGUGAAUAUUAAUUGCUUGUUAAUUUAUUUAAUACAAAUGUAUAGAUGGUUGUUUUUAAUAAAAUUUAUAGCAUGAAAAACGUUUUCCUUCUACUGGUCCAGGCACUAAUAAAUACAUGCAAAGUA